GCCUAAAUCGAGGAGAAUCGAAUAUUUGUGAUCUCCCAUUUAUGGUAAGAUUAGGUAGGAUUGCAUAUACUUGUCUAUAUAAUUAACACGUAAUGGAAAGGCCCAGGUGUGGUCUAUUCCUUCUCCAACUUUCAUGGUAUCAGUUUGCGAUCGAUCUUGAUCGUUUCCGCUGCUCUUCCUCUACCUUACUCCAGCUCCAGCCGCCGGCCUCUCUUCUCCACCGUCUUGCAUGGCGCCGUCCGACCCGAAAACCACGACCGAGGCGGAGGUCCACCCCAACGCCCACCUAUGGGCGCAGGCCACGGCCAUCCAGAGCGUCCGCUCUCUCGUCCCAGUCAUCCUCGACUUCAAGGUGCCAUCCUUCCCCAAGUGGCGCUGCUUCUUCAACAUCGCUGUGACGACCUACGCCCUCGAGGACCACCUCACCACGGAGACGGCCCCGUCCGAUCCCACAUGGCUUCGCCUCGACGCUACCGUGCUACGCUGGCUGUACGGCUCCAUGGCGCUGGACAUCGUCGAUCUCGUCAUGAAGGCCGACGCCACCGCCUACACGGUCUGGACCGCCGUCGACGCGCUCUUCAACGACAACAAGAAGACGCGCGAGAUCUACCUCGCUGAGGAGUUCCGCAGCAUCAAGCAGGGUGACCGGUCUGUCACCGAGUAUCUCCAUCUGCAAAAGACGGCGGCCGACGCCCUCGCCGAGGUCGGCUCUCCCGUCUCCGACACCGACCUCGUCACCAACAUCAUCAAGGGCCUUCACGAGCGCUUCGACAGCGUGGCUGACAUCGCCCCGCUCCUGACGCCGUUCCCGACCUUCCUCAACUUUCGGAACAUGCUCCUCCUCCACGAGAUGAAGGCGGCACGUCGUUCCACCACCAACUCCUCCGCCUCUGCCUUCUACUCCGCCAAGGGCAACCCUGGACACGCUGGUGGCUCGCAGGGUGCAGCCGGCGGCCAGCCAUGGAGGCCACCCGCAAACCCUAAUCAUGGCGCCUCGGGUUACGGCAAGAACAAGGGCAAAAAGCCCAAUGGUGGCUACGGCUCGAAGCCGUCCGGUGGCUCCGGCAACGCCGGCAACCUCAUGCCGACGCCUUACAACCCCUGGACUGGAGCUAUCCAGAUGUGGCCCAUGCAGCAGCCCGGCAGCGGCAUCCUCGGGCCUCGCCCUGGCGCACCUCGCGCUCAUGCCUACAUGGCAGCGCCUCCGGCCACGCCGACGUCCCUCUACCACGACUACGGUGUAGCCCAUGGCCAGGCGUACCAGUCUGGCGGCGCUCCCUACGGUGCAGCUUCCUAUGGUGCAGCUCCCGCGCCUCGAGCACCUACGCCGACAUGGGACCCAUCUGCUCUUGCGCAGCAAUUCAACACCAUGACGCUGCAACCCCCUCCUCACGAGUGGAUCAUGGACACAGGCGCCACGGCUCACCUCUCGUCUGACCCUGGACCUUCCCACCCGGCGCGAGAUUCUUCGGUGCAAUAGUACGGGGGAGCUUUAUCCAUUCACACGGCCACCGCCACCCCGUGCUUUCGCUAUCGUCACCGACACUCCGGACGUUUGGCACCGUCGCCUUGGCCAUCCAGGACACGACGCUUUUCGUCGCCUCAUACAGCAUGUUUCUCUUCCAUGUACUAAACAAAUAAAAGACAGUUCUCUUUGUCAUGCUUGUCAAUUAGGGCGCCAUGUUCGGCUGCCAUUUUCUUCUUCUUCUAGUCGCACGACUCGGCCCUUCGAGCUAGUUCAUUGUGAUCUUUGGACAUCUCCGAUUUUGAGUAUUUCAGGAAUUAAAUAUUUCUUAGUCAUUCUUGAUGAUUUUACACAUUUUUUGUGGACAUUUCCUCUACACCAAAAAUCUGAAGCUUAUGCCACGCUUUCUUCAUUUCGUGCAUUUGUGCAUACUCAGUUCAACCUGACCCUUAUGUCCAUCCAAUGCGACAAUGGACGUGAGUUCGACAACCAAAAGCUCCACUCCCUUGCCGCCACACACGGCAUACACAUUCGUUUUUCCUGCCCAUAUACCU